GCAAGUACUUCUGGAGACUGACUCGCAAUAAGCACUUGGUCUCCCUCCAGCCGGCUCAGAUCCACCGUUUCUGGCGGGGCUUGCCGCUCAACCUGGACAGCCUGGACGCAGUCUAUGAGAGAACCAGCGACCACAAGAUCGUCUUCUUCAAAGGAGACAGAUACUGGGUCUUCAAAGACAAUAAUGUGGAAGAAGGAUACCCGCGGCCGAUCUCGGACUUCGGUCUGCCACUGGGAGGAAUCGAUGCCGCUUUCUCCUGGGCCCACAAUGACAAGACUUAUUUCUUUAAGGACAAUCUCUACUGGCGCUACGACGACCACGAGCGGAGGAUGGAUCCUGGUUACCCUUCAGAGACCAUCCUGUGGAAGGGAAUACCAAGCCCUUUAGAUGAUGCCAUGAGGUGGUCAGAUGGUGCAAGUUACUUCUUCAGGGGCAGGGAGUACUGGAAAGUGCUGGACAGUGAGCUGGAGGCCCAGCCUGGUUAUCCCCAGUCCAUCGCCAGAGACUGGCUGGUGUGCAGCGACAUGCAGUCCGACUCCCCAGCAGCAGCCGGGAGCAGCAGGACUGGGGCACGCUCCAAACCAGGGCAGCACGACGAGAGCCGCUCGGAAAACGGCUACGAGGUCUGCUCCUGCACAUCGGCCUCCUCAUCCCUCCGGGCUCGCCCUGUGCUCAGACUGUCAGCCAGCCUCGUGCUGACGGGCGUGUGGACAGCAACACUGAUGUGUGCAGCCCUAUGA